AUGCAAUCGCCCGCGUUGGCUGCGUCCAUGUCGAUCAUGGCUCCUCGAAAUCCGCUUCUCCGAGAGAAUCCAGACCGACUAGUCCAGCUCGAUGAGCACAUCGCGUCCCUCAAGGCGACGCUCGAAUACCUCGAGGACGAGCGGCGGCGGUUAACGUCGAUUCCGUCGUCUGCGCAUCCUAUUGGAGUCCCAGAAGUACUCGGACACAUUAUGGAAUGGGGCGUUCAUCUAGACUGCUUUGCUCCGGAGAGCCUCUUGCUCGUUUCACGCCAUUGGCAAAAUGUCGCCCUCGCCACGCCAGGCGUCUGGGCUCGUAUCGUCCGUAAACCAACGUACAUGGACAACUUUACCCAGUUCCUCGCACGUUGCACGACCUAUCUCGAACGCAGCAAGAACCAUCCGCUCUACAUCGACGUCGACUUUUUAUAUUUCUACUUUGAGGCACCUACCGCUGCCGUUUACUCGCAAUUUGCACAAAUCAUCCAACCUCACCUUCACCGAUGCUAUCAUAUCAGUCUCGCCAACCAGCGAGAUUCGCUUGUCCACUUGUUCUCCAGUCUCUCGCCAGACUAUAUCGAACAUAUUGCACACUACUGUGCCAAUGCCACCCACAGAGGUCCCGAUCUCGCCCUCCCGCCCGUCCUUCCACGUCUCCGACACCUCAGUGGCACCUUUCCGCUCCCGGUCUUUGCCAACAUCGAGAUGCCCGUUCUAGAACACUUGCAAAUCGCCCUAUCGCCCGUUCACCCUUCCUUCCACGACCUCUUGUCCAUUCUGCAGCGAUGUCCAAACCUCAAAUUCCUUCUCUUCGACAACGUCUCCUUUACGCUUGCCGUCGAGCCAGAUUUGACCUCGGUCAUGGUCACACUCGAGCACCUCACCCGACUCGAGUUCCAUCGUUCUGGUAAUGGUGACGCCACCCUAUUGACCUCGCAUUGCCAUAUGCCCAACCUCCGCGAAUUAUGCAUUACAGGGCACAUGAUCUCGAUCCCCCUAAACCUCUUCUCCAACAUUACCACUCUUCAGUGCAACGACUGGGAAUUCCCGUGGUUCAUUCGCGCGCUCAGGUCCGCUAAGAAUCUCGAGUGCUUGACCGUUCGAUCCCACGGGACAGAAUCGCCGUUCCAUACAGAGCUCCUAGCUGCCCUGUCGACGCCAACCUCGACUUCGUCUGCAUCCCUGACCAACGUACCCUCUUCAUCCGGAACGGGUUAUCUUAUCCCUAAGCUCAGGACGCUACACUUGACCUCGUUCACGUACAACAACUCGGAUUUUCCAGUCGAUGCCUUCCUCACCUUCCUGCGCAAGCGUAAUUCUUCGCCCAAUACGGCAACCAUUGAAAAGCUUGUGCUCGAAGACGUCUCGCACAUUUCCGACUUUCACGAAGAGCAACUCAAGAGUGCCGUCGAGACUCUGAACAUUCUCCGGACGCCUACAAUCGGCACAGGAGCGGCUGUCACCCUUGGAAUGGGUCUCGGAGGCGCCGAAGGUGCGUGGGGAGUCGAGCCACAGCGGGUCCCAAUCUCGUUCCCCUUUUUCCCUGGCCCAGUCCCCGGGGCAGGUCCAGUCGGUGGCCGUCCGGAAUCCCCAGCUGCUGCUAUGCACCCGAUCAUCCUCCCUCCUGUGGCUUACGGUGCUCCCAUCCUGCCUCCGCCAACCGUCGAUGGUCACCACCACCAUGGCGACCCGGCCGCUGCGGCCGCUGCCCUGCUGGCAAAUGCAAUGAUCGAGGUAGACCCCGGUCGGAGCCGUUCUCCCCAGCGGCGCGUCUGGGGCAAUAACGCCCGAUCCCGGUCAAGAUCGAGAUCACCUUCACCUGUCAUCAUUACAGAACCUGUGCAGCGACAUCGUAGUAGGAGACAUGGUAGGACAGAGGAAGAACCUGCUCCAAUCAUUAUUAGGACAGGGAGGUCGCGAGAGCGAGAACGACGAUACCAGCGAUCGAUAUCGAGGUCCCCCUCGAUCGAGGAUUAUGUGAGACGCCGACCUUCGUCGCCAAGCAGUCUGUCUCGCUCGCGUUCAAGGUCAUCCUCGUCUGGCACACGCUCCCCGAGCCCUCUUGGUCGAACAACCUUGGGAGUUCACUCUGCAAGAAACGUUUGGCCCGGCUCGAGCUCGGGCAACGGCAGACGAGGAUCUCCAGUUGCUGCAACGCUCGUUCUCGAGAGUGGACAGUCUAGAUCUUCUGGCAGCGCCAUGCAUCGGCCACGGAUAGAGCUGGACACCAUUGACGGAAGUAGUGCAACAGGCGACCGUCUCGAGGUGGUCUUCCCCGAACACGAAGCGACGAGGGAGUCAAAUAUCAUCGUACGCAGUCCAUCUUCAGACUUUUCCAUCUCGCCACUCGGUGGACGACGCUUGACGAUCGACAAUGGCAGAGGCGAAUCAGUUCGCAGGAGAUCUCUCCUCCCGUCUAUGGAAUCCUCUCAUUCCUCUUCCACUGCCAACUCGUUGGCGCCAUCGGAGACGGCGCGAACGAGAAACGGCAGCCCUUAUCCUUAUGGACACAUCGAAGUCGACUCUGACGCUCCGGAGCCAAUUAGUUAUGCACCAAAUGAGAACACAAAUGUGUCUCCGCUAGAGUUUGAACCAUUCGGACGACGCACAGAUUCACCAUCCUCACGACCACCAUCCGUUCCCUCGCCCCUGCGGCGCCUCCUCCCUCGGCAAAUCCACACCACACUGUCGACCUCGACGGAUUCGACCUUGCCAAUGAGUAGAGAGCGAACUGCAGCGGCGGUCCAAGCCGGCAAUCAGAUGACACGAUUCGAUGGACAGGUUAGCAUGGGUACUGAUGACAGUGGAGCGGUCAGAGCGCUUGAGCAUGAGCAUAGACGACACGUUAGUGUCGGACUAGACUCGCUCGCGAUCCCGUCGCACCGUCAUCGCGCCUUUGCGCAUUCUCCUCUCGUGCAACACCCUGAUAUGAACGGCUCGUACAGCUUCCAAAGCAAGCCUGUACGACGACGGACCGUCGGAGGGUAUGGUGAUGAACUUCAUUUUGUGCCCGUUCCAGGAACUCUGGAUCUCGCGGACGACGUCCAACCAUUGUCUGCUGGUGCAGCUGCUCUUCCAAUCCGUCGAGCGCACGGCCCCCAUCAUGGCUCGUUGAACGGCUUCAUCAAUCCUUUCCACCCACAGAACCCACAGCUCGUUCACGAGCCACAGGAACUCCUUCACCGCCAUCAUGCGGCAGGUUAUGGCUCAAUGCCGUCGAACGACAUUGAGCACGACUGGACUACAUGCCUUCCCAUAGGCAGUACAUCGACGCCCAUGCGUCGACAUUCUGAAUUUGCACCCAAAAGUAGCGACUCGCCUAAACGACGAGGAAGUCUUUGGGCUAGACUCAAGAAUCUUGUCAAAUAG